ACAUUUGUUUGAAAUCUUUGCCAUGGCUCCCUACAAGGGCAUUUUGCCCGGUCAUGGCCUUGUUUUCAUCUUCGUCCCGGUGGCGGGAAUCGAAAGGACUAGUUCUGCCCAGAAUCUGGGUUUUCUCAAAUUUUCGCUCAAUGGGAACCCCAACAACCACGUCUUUGGAAUUGAAUUUGAUGUGUUUGCCAAUCAAGAAUUCAACGACCCCAACGACAAUCAUGUGGGAAUCAACUUUAAUUCUCUGACCUCGAACUCCACCGAAGAGGUUGGGUUUUGGUCGAACGGCGGCCGUAGUGGAGGGGAUUCGUUCAAUAGACUCAAGCUUAAUAGCGGCGAAAAUUACCAAGUUUGGAUCGACUAUUCCGAUUUUCUCAUGAACGUCACCAUGGCGCCGGCGAGGAUGAGAACGCCGUGGCGGCCAUUGUUUGAUGUCUCUGUCAAUCUCUCUGAAAUUUUCAUCGACGGAAUAUUUGUGGGGUUCACGAGCGCCACCGGGCAGUUGGUACAGAGCCACAAGAUUUUGGCCUGGAGUUUCAGUAACAUCAAUUUUUCGUUAAGCGAGAGUUUGAUCACCACUGGUUUGCCCUCAUUCGUCCUCCCAAAAGACCCAAUCACCAAAUCGAAGUGGUUCAUCGCCAGAGUGACCGUCAGCAUUUCCNUUUUUUUUUUCAUUUUAAUCCUCCACCUGUAUUUCUCUCUAUUUUUUUUCCCUUAUUCUGUAAUAUUUGUUCUACCACGAGUUGGAAUAAUAUGA